GAUCAACUGUAGUAAGGAUGUGAUGACCAGACAGGGGAAGUGGCAGAGUAAGACUGGAAAGAGGACAUGGUCAGAAAGCAACAUGUGUACCGAGCAGGAGUGCGGGAUUUGUUACCGGACCUACAACACAGGUCGCCGGUGUCCCCGGGAGCUCCACUGCAGACACAGCUUCUGCGAGUCCUGCCUUCUGACCCUCUCACGACCCCAGGGACCUAUCGUCUGUCCGCUGUGUCGACAAACCACCUCCAUCUCCGGGACGCUGAGAGCCGAGUUGAGGGUUGACGAGUGCGUCCUGGAGCGGCUCAUAUCCUCGGGAGUCCUCGACCAUGAAGACGAGGAGGACGAUAACCCGGAGGAAGAGGUCUGUCCCGGGCUAGACGCUUGUGACGACACCGAGGAGUUCCCCGAGACUCCAGCCGAGGAAGGCAACGCCUCCCCGGGCUCCAGAGGCAGGGGGCUCCGGCGGUCCUUCAGGAAAGUUUGGCGGUUGUUUAAUGGGAAUAGCUCUCGGCAGAGGGGCGGAGAAAACUGUAUGACCAAUGACGACUUGAGGAACAUCGCCAUGAUGACCGGCUUUAUGUUUUAAGGAGUCCACAAUUUCAGUGACCCUGGACAAUGUGACACUAUAUUUAUUUUCAAUGUUUCUCAUUCGCAACAUGGACUUGAUGAUGAUGAUGAUGAUGAUGAUGAUGAUGAAACCUUACUGUCCACACACAGCCAACAAUGUCAGCUUUUCAGAUUUCUUAUUGCUACUUUAAACGAUGAACACUGUGAAGCUGUUUUAUUUAUGGCCUAUUUGCACUUAUGUAUGUGAUAUUUAUUAUUUUUGAUGAAUGUAUUUAAUUAAAUAUUGUUACAUAAUAUAUAUAUGGCAAAAAUAAAUCUGGUUUCAAAUGACUUUGAA